CAAAAGUACACAGGGCUGCUCCCUUCACGUGAUCAGCGCGUAGCCAGAGAUUUGUGGGGUGGGUGAAUGAAGCCAAGGUCCAGGCUGACGCAAUAGUAAUAGUGAUGUUUAGAGAGUCUUAGAGUUCCUUUGCCCUUCUCUAUAGCAACAGAACUCCACACCCUUCUAAAGGACCUGGCUGUCAACAUCCACAGGAAGGGAUCUUCAAGGCAGUGAAGAGCUAGAGAUGAGGUGACCCCAUGAACUCAGUCAGGCUCUAGCCAGACCAGGAAAGAACAGGCCCCACCCCAUGGCCUCAAAGAAGAAGAGUGGGGGCUCAGGCCGCCGGGGUACAGGGGGCACGGGAGGCACAUGGGGUACAGGGGGCACAGGCACAGAUGGCACGGAGAAGGUGGUGCUGUCGGAUCGCUACCAGUUUCUACAGCAGGAGUUUGCAGCAUUGACUGAGCAGCUGGACACCUAUGAGAAAUAUGUGCAGAGCGUGCUAUGGGAGAAUGACUUCCUGGACCAGGAGGCUGCCCAGCUACGUGAGGAGAACCGGCAAUAUGCAUCUUACGUGUCCUCACGGGCCCAGCGUUGUGCCAACUUCAUCAUCACACUGGAUGCCCAGAACCGGGCAGACCUGGCCCAGGUGCACUUCCAACAAGAAGAGCUCACUGCUCUAUACCAGGGUCGCGAGGGUGUCGUGCGCUCCCAGCUCACAGAGAUGGAGGCCCGCUCGGCCAAAAUGGCAUACCAGGUGGAACUGCUACAACCCUUCAAGGAGCUACAGCUGGAGCAGCUGGCCAGGAUCAAGACCCUAGAAAGAGAGUUGUUGCACAUGCGGGUAGAACACACCCAACUGCUGCACCGUGUGAAAGGACGCUUCCUGGAGGACAAAGCCACAUGUGAGCGUGAGGCCCGGCAACAGGUGCAGUUGUUGGUCCGCAGGGCAGAGCGUGAAGCCACUCACUCCCUCCUCAUGCAUAUUCAGUCUAUCAAGGCUGAGAAUAGGCGUCUCCGGCAGGAGCUCCUGGAGCUCCUACUCCGGACAAAGCUGCUACAUGAUACCAGGCAGGAGCUGCUAGACCAGCGAAGGCAGUUACGGCAGGAGCAUGAAGACACCAGGGAACUGGCCAAAAUGCAUGGCUGGCUUCAACGGGGCCCUGAUGGGCCCCCACUUUGGGAGCCACCACUGCAUGCAAUCAGCUCAACUUCAUUCUCAUCCUUGCUCACACCUUACUUACUCAUGCCCACCUCUUCAUCCUUGACCACCUCCUCACCCACACCCCCAGCGUCACCCACAUCUCCAGCCUUACCCACACCCCCAGGAUCUUCAGAAAACACUGCAAGGCCCAAGAUGCUGUCUGGUGGCCCAAAUGCCCCCUUAUCUGCCUCCGCAAUUUCCAAUACCAAGUCUCCAACUCCAGGUGGACCUCAUGAGGUUCCCUCUCCACCCUCUUUACACAGCCGUGGUACCUCCCAUGAUGAGUCUAUGAGCGUGGGAUCAAAGGCAGGGCCCUAAGCAGGGCCUUGGGAGCUGGGGGGGGGGCGAGGAAGGGGAAGCAAGAAAGGGAGAAUUUCUAAUAAAGGUCUAU